CCCAAGUUCGUUACUGCUGAAUCCCCUCUCUUUUUUUCCCUUUCUUUCCCCUUCCUCUGCCUGCCUUCCUUCCUUCCCUCGGUCCCUUCCGCCCCAACCAUUCUCUCUGCCUUCUUCAUCGCCUUUGUCUAAUUUCCGGGGAGCCUUUUACUGCAAUUUUCACCCGCCUCCUUCUCACAAGAAGAGGUUUCAUCGAGCCAAUCUCGAUCUCUUUUUCGGCCCUGCCUUUCACUCGGUUCCGCGCGAUUCUCACCGGCUUUCACUGCGCCGCGUUGCGCCGCCCCGACCACAAGAGCGAAGCAGUCUCGUGCAGCCAUCAUGGCUUCCGAUAGUUCCGAUGAUGAUAUGCCUCUGGCGAGAACCAAUGGCCACUCUCCCAACAUCUCGCCUCAGGCCGACCGCGAGAUGGACAAGUCCGACUCCAAGGCUCGCCCCCUGCCCCCGGGCGUAUCAGUUCGCCACGGUCCCGUUGAUGAAGCGAUGGACAUUGACUCAACUCCUGGCGGUGCUGCUAAGCGCAAGUCCCGCAGCUCGACCGGCAAAGUCAAUUACAGAGCCGAAUCUGACAGCGACGAUGGCGCACCCUUGGCCAAACGCCAAAAGUCUAAGCAUAAGAAAGCAGGAUCCGAUAGCGACGAUGAGCCAAUCGCCAAAAAGAAGAACGGCGUUAAGCUGCCCCCCUCCAUCAAUGAGACGGCGACAGUCGAAUCAUCCGAUGAUGAGCAGCCUCUGGGGACCAAGCUAGCUCAGAGGAAAGCGAACAUUGAGAAAGCCGCCGCGAAAGAAGCCAAAGCCAUCCGCUCUGAUGCCAAGGUCAAGAAUGCUGCUGCCAAGAAGGUUACCAAGGAGGAAUCUGAUGAUGAGCCUCUCUCGAAACCCAAGAAACGGCAAUCGAACGGAGUUUCCUCCGCCAAGAAGGCAAACGGCGUCAAGAAGGAACCUGAGUCGGAUUCUGAUGUGCCCAUUGCCAAGAAGGCAAAGAAGGCGGCCACGCCUGCAAAGACGACCAAAGCUGCUGCUGUCAAGAAAGAAGCCAAGUUCGAGAAGGAGGAGUCCAAGGAGAACAGUGAUGACGAGGAAGAGGAGGAAUACCGAUGGUGGGACGCACCCAAGAAGGAAGACGACACAAUCAAGUGGACCACGCUGGAGCACAACGGUGUGCUCUUCGCUCCUCCAUACGAGCCUUUGCCCAAGGACGUGAAGCUGUACUACGAUGGUAAGCCCGUCCAACUGCACGUGGAUGCUGAAGAAGUGGCGACAUUUUUUGGCUCCAUGCUUCACUCAACACAAAACGUCGAGAAUCCCGUCUUCCAGAAAAACUUCUUUCACGAUUUCAAAGAUAUCCUCCAAAAAACCGGCGGCGCCAAGGAUUUGAACGGCGACCCGGUUGAAAUCAAGGAAUUCAAGAAGCUCGAUUUCACCAAGAUUUUCCAGCAUUAUAGAGCCAUCAGCGAGGCCAAGAAGGCGCGCCCCGCUGCUGAGAAGAAGGCCGAGAAGGCUGAGAAGGAGAAGCUUGAAGCGCCCUACAUGUACUGCAAAUGGGACGGUCGGAAGGAGAAGGUGGGUAACUUCCGUGUCGAACCACCGGGUCUUUUCCGCGGCCGCGGUGAGCAUCCAAAGACUGGCAUGGUGAAGAAGCGGGUUAUGCCCGAGCAAGUCACCAUCAAUAUCGGCAAAGAGGCCAAAGUCCCCGAUCCUCCGCCCGGGCACAAGUGGAAGGCCGUUCAGCAUGAUAACAAGGCGACUUGGCUGGCCAUGUGGCAAGAGAACGUCAAUGGCAAUUACAAAUACGUGAUGCUGGCAGCCAACAGCGCCAUCAAGGGCCAAGCCGAUUACAAAAAAUUCGAAAAGGCCCGCGAGCUCAAGAAGCACAUCGACCGUAUCCGCGCCGACUACACAAGGGAGCUCAAAAGCGAGGUCAUGGCGGACCGACAGCGGGCAACCGCCAUGUACUUGAUUGACAAGUUCGCCCUAAGAGCCGGUAACGAGAAGGACACGGAAAACGAGGCUGAAACCGUUGGUUGCUGCUCGUUGAAAUACGAGCAUGUCACCCUCAGAGAGCCUAACACCGUUAUCUUCGACUUCUUGGGCAAAGACAGCAUCCGCUUCUACAAUGAAGUUCAGGUGGACCGGCAGGUUUUCAAGAACCUGAAGAUGUUCAAGAAGCCGCCAAAGGAGGACGGUGACGACAUUUUUGAUAGGUUGACCACUUCUCAAUUGAACAAGCACCUGUCGAGCUACAUGCCCGGUCUUACAGCAAAGGUGUUCCGUACCUACAACGCCUCGUGGACCAUGUCACAGCUUCUCAAGAAACUCAAAAACGACAAUACAUCGAUCCAGGAAAAGAUCAAGCUGUACAACGACUGCAAUCGUGAGGUGGCCAUCCUCUGCAACCACAAGCGGACUGUCGGCGCCGCUCACGAGGCGCAGAUGGAGAAACUCGGGGACCGCAUCAAAGGCUUGAGGUAUCAGAAAUGGCGCACCAAAAUGAUGAUGCUCGAUGUGGACCCUAAGCUCAAGAAGAAGAAGGGUGCCGAGUUUUUCGAACUCGACAAGGACCUGGACCAGGCGUGGAUCGAGCAGCAUCAGCAAUUCCUUGUCGAGGAGCAGAAAGCCAAGAUCAAAAAGAAGUUUGAAAAAGACAACGAGAAGCUCGUUGCUGAAGGUGGCAACCCAAUGCCUGAGAAAGAGCUUAAGGAGCGGAUGAAGGCAGCCACAGAGCUCGAGGCUAAGUUCAAGAAGGAGAACAAGACAGGAAAAGUGGAGGCCGAGGGCAAGAGUCCUACGGUCGAGAAGUUGAUGGCGGCGAUCGACAAGCUGGACGAGCGCAUCAAGACGCUCGAGCUGCAAUGUGCCGAUCGCGAGGGCAACAAAGAGGUUGCCCUGGGUACCUCAAAAAUCAACUACAUCGACCCGCGUCUCACCGUUGCCUUCUCGAACAGGUUUAAGGUACCGAUUGAGAAGUUCUUCUCCAAGACGCUCCGUGAUAAAUUCAACUGGGCCAUCCAAUCGGUGGGUAACGACGACUCGUGGGAAUUCUGAGCGUGGUACAUUCGACCAUCGCACAUAUUUUUGUACGGUUCUCUGUAUACCAAAGCCCGCGACGCUUGGGCCUCGAUGGCGGAAAUCCCCAUGAUAGGAAGGGGACAGUCACAGCGUUAGUUCAGCUACAUACAUUGCCCAAAGGAUCUGCGCUCGAAUAUCGGGCCGGUUGGGCAACUCAUGAGCGGCAUUCACGAAGGGAAUCUUGGAACCUGCUACCCUAGCGAUUCGGUAGCCCAAGGCGAUCAGCUGCAUCUGCCUUCAAAGCCAGUGCGAUUGCCGGAUGGCCAUCAUCAUCGCUUCGCAUACUGGUAGUGUGGGUUUGCUGUUAUCAUUGCGAAAGCAUAGGAAGCUAUCACGAAGAGAAGCGAUGGGUUAGAGCUUAUCCUCAAUAGAUCGUCUUCACAUCUGACUCAACC